GUCCCGGCUGGCUUCUCUAUGGUGAGCUCGGCGCGCGAGCGUCCGGAAGCUGAGUCCGGGCUCCCGGAAGCGGCGCCCCCUCGCGUUCCUGAGUCUCGGCAGGAGGCUGUGGCUGCCGCAGGCCCGCCGGCCAGUCGAAGCGUGCAAUGGCUGGCUCCGGCUGGUGGCGCCUCCGAGCACCAGUUCGAGGAGGAGGAGAAGUCGAAGAGUCGGAGGAGGAGCCGGAGGAGGGGUCGGAGGAGGAGUCGGUGCCGGAGCCGCCGCUCAAGCCCAAGCCCAAGCGCAAGCCCAAGCCUAAGGAGAAGGGGCCCAGAAGGGUCCCUAUCCUCCUAGAUCGCUUCGGCUUGCAGAUUAAGAAAUCAAGAUACCAAGAGGCAAAGGACUGGUCCAAAAUCAAAAACCUAGGGCUGUACCAGCUCACCAUGGAUAUCAUUAUGAUGAACCGAGUGUGUAGAAUGUUCCGCCAAGGCCUCAGGGGAUUUCGGGAAUAUCAGAUCAUUGAGACUGCUCACAGAAAGCACCCUAUCUUCUCUUUCUGGGAUAAAAAGAAACAAGGCCGAAUCACAUUUGAUACCAUGGACUUCAUUGCAGAGUCGGGUCACUUCCCUCCAAGGGCCAUUCAGAUCACGCAGAAGAAGCCCGCUUGGAGGGCAGAGCGCGAGAUCCAGUCCCUCUGUAACCUCCUGCAGGUUCUGGAUAGUUACCGGAACUACUCGGAGCCCCUGCAGCUGCUCCUGGCCAAGGUCAUGCGCUUUGAACGGUUUGGUCGCAGGCGUGUGAUCGUCAAGAAGGGCCAGAGGGGCAACAGCUUUUAUUUCAUCUACCUGGGCACGGUGGCUGUGACCGAGGACGAAGAUGGCAGCAGUGCCUUCCUGGACCCCCACCCGACGUUGCUGCAAAAGGGCAGCUGUUUUGGGGAAAUGGGCUUUCUAACUUCUUCAGUGAGGAGGGCCACCGUGGUCUGUAUGGAAGAAACAGAGCUCUUGGUUGUUGACAGAGAGGAUUUCCUUGCUAAUAAACUGGACCAGGAAGUUAAAAAGGAUGCUCAGCAUCGGUUUGAAUUUUUUAGGAAGAUGGAUCUGUUUCACUCCUGGUCCGAUGAGAAGCUCUGGAAGCUUGUAAUCCUGGGGAAGAUAGAGAAGUUCUCAUACGGGCAGCUGAUCUCAAAGGACUUUGUAGAAUCGUCCUCCAUCGUGUUUGUGUGUAAGGGCAGCUGUGAAGUACUGCAGUUGAUAAAUCUUGCGACCUCGCCCUUCUACCACAAGUGGAUCUGGCAGCACCUGCAGCUGAUAGACGACAGACCUCCCAACACCCACCUCAAGGAUCUGUCUCCUGUGGAGAGAUUUAAGGAAUUCCAGAUCAGGUCAUAUCCUGUACAGGAUUUUAGUUUUCUGAAACUUCUGCAUCUCCGGAAAGCCCAGGAGCAACAGGGAUCCAGCUUCAGUAGGAAGAUUAAAACCUCAGGAAAUACUCUCCCAAAGACCUUGGGCUCAAAGAUCAAAUCCAGGUGUCCUCAUUUCAUCGAGUGUCCCAUGAUUGAUACGAAGUAUGGUGAUCUCCCCAAGGAGGCUGCAGUGGGGGCCUACAUGAAGAUCCACACCGUGGAGCAAGGAGAAAUCUUGGGCCUUCACCAGAUCCUCCUCCCGGAGAGCCAGCAUGACACUCGGCCCUUGAUCCUGGUGAGCCUGGGAGCUGAGGUGAUACGGGUUAGGAAAGAGAAAUUUUGUGAACUGAUUGACAGUAAGACAAUAGAAAAAUUGUCGAAGUUCGAGAUCAAGUACCCCAGCGAUGAAGAUGUGUGCCAGAAGUUCCUCGAGGAGAACAGCUGGAAUGUCUUCCGGAAGGACCUGAUGCGGCUGCUGGUGGAGCCUCGCCAGUGUCCACCAUUCACCCCAAUCCAGCCCAAGAAGAAAGGGAUCUACGGCCCCAAGGCUGUGAUGCUGGAUUUGUGUAGCUUAGAUAAGAAGACUAAACCUCGUCAUCCCAUUUUUGUGGCACCCCAGAAACACCUCCCCUCAUUGAGGAUUGUCCAAGCCAUUAUAGCACCCCGGUACAAAAUCCAAGAACUCCUGCCUCAGUAUAAGAAUGCAGGGGUCCUUGUUUAG